CCUACUUCCGGCAUCCUACGACAGCUCUACGUAUUACUCCAUUAUUGCUCUUCUUGUCGCUCUACGAUGGCUAUCCACGACGCUGUACCAGCUGUCCCUUCGCCGAUGAUGGAUGAAGAGCUCAACGCGCUUGCGUUGCAGUUGGAAGAAGCCAAACUCUUCGCGCAGUCAACCAUGAACAGUCUCUCUACCGAAGAUCAUCCCGACUAUUACGUUGCACACACCGUCUACUUGGCCGAGCUGCAGAGACAGCACGCCAACCUUACAGACAAGCGACUUGCUUGUAGCAUAGGUGUUGCUGUCCACUCCGACGGUGAUUCUGUGCUCAAUCUCGCAUCUCAAGAAGUUCUAUCUCGGGCUGAUAGACAUUUGGCCGUCGACUUUGUCCAAACAAAUGCGGGUUUCGAGAACGCGCCGAGCCUCGACCAGCGUGCUGAGGCCAAGAUUCAAGAUUGGGUGGACACUGCGGGCCACAGUCAAAAUCUCGGAAUUCUCGCCGAACGGUCUCACGGUGAUCACGCGGCACAUGAACCAUCUUCAUAUCAUUCCCUUGGCAGCAUCGUCACACUAUCCUGCGGAGAUACUUACUGUACUGGCUGUCUCAAGGAGUUGUUUGUGCUGGCGACAAAAGACGAAACCCUGUUCCCGGUCCAGUGCCACAAAGAACUGAUUCCACUGGACAUAGUCAGCGAAUACUUGUCUAAGGAUAAGCUCGAAGCUUUCACUCGUGCAAGUGUUGAGUUUAAGACAAUCGACCGGGUAUAUUGCAGCAAUCGCGAGUGUGGACGAUUUAUUCUUCCAAGCCAGUUAGACGCUGAAUCUCGCAAGGCAACAUGCGACAAGUGUGGAGCUCAAACUUGCAUCUCAUGCAAGAACAAGUUUCACGAAUCUAAUUGUGAGGAGGAUGUGGCUAUUAAGCAAGUGCAGGAGAUGGCUGCAGGGCUAGGUUGGAAAACCUGCUAUAGCUGCAAGACCUUAGUCUCUAUUCGCUCUGGCUGCAAUCAUAUGAAAUGCCGUUGCAAGGCCGAGUUCUGCUAUGAGUGUGGUGUUCAGUGGAAGAAUUGCAAAUGCGCACACGCCAACAUUGCUCGCAUUGAGGCACGAGCUGAGGAGAUUGUGGCUCGCAACCCUCCCCGUGGAUUAGGACAACUUGAAUUGCAGCGUGAGGUGCGAGCGGUGCGAGAUAGACUUAUCCAGAAUCACGAGUGGAGCAUGACGGAUGGCUGGAUCGAGUUGAAACUGGUCGUCCGGAGGGAGGAUUUCGCUGUGAGUUGUGCGAUGUUAAAUACUCGUGGUUCAUUGUUCGUUGUCUCCAUUGCCAUACGAACAUUUGCGCGAGUUGCCGCCGUCAUCGUCUGUGAUGGAUGGCGGAUGCUGCCCUCUUGGAAUCUCUCUUAUGAGCUUCCUACUCAAAACAGCGGCAGAUAG